UCUACAACUAUCUCCAUCGCCCACGUUCUUUUGCUUCAUCAUAUGCAAACCCCCUGCAUCUCCUGUCCUUCCCAGCCACUGCUCGUCUCCACACCUUGAAGAAGGAUGCCAGCCAGUCCAUUCUUCCUCGAGUCCCCCAUUCCUCCGCAACUCGAUCUGGCCGGCGCCCCAUCACAGCUAUUCCAAGUUCCGCCCACCCCCUCAGCCUCAUCGGCUUUGUAUCGCUCGAUCUCUAUCCCCAACCGCAAGAGAUCCCGUCUAGAAGUUGAUCGUCGUCCUUGGCUGGAUGUCGACACCCCCUCUAGUCAUGUCGCCUCUGUGAUCUCCCCCGACGAUCUCCUCCUUGGUGUGGAGGAUACCUCCGUCGAUCAAGUCUAUCGCCCCAACCGUUAUCGCAAGCCUGCUCGAUCUCUCGUUCUCGAUGACAGUGUUGAGUCUCUCAGCGAAACCGUGGACAUUCGCCGUAAACGCAGCCGCUGGGAUCCGUCUUUGAUCGCAGCCUCUCCCACCGGUCACGAUGAGAAAAUGACGAUCUCGACCACGACUAUGACCGCGACCGCGACCGCGGCUCCUGCCGUCAAUGCUCCUAUUGCUUACCCACAGCCUGCUCCCGUCCGCUGGAGUCGAGCGGUGCUAGGCGUGGUAGGCAAAGUUUGGGACUUUUGUUGGAGCGGAGCUUUCCGAGGGUUUUAUGCAGGCGGUGGGCAAGGCUAUACCAUGACGGCGGAGGAUGCACAGCCCCAGCUGGCAUCCCCAUCGAUCGAGAAGGAGAGCAUGCCCACUUCUCAGCGGCAACAGGGUUCCUCUAGCCCUUUUCCGGGACAAUAUCCAGAAGAUGAUCUCAAGCACAGUUGGGUGAUCGUGUCCGCACGAGAGGAAUUUAUGGACGAAGCCAGUCCUUCUCAGCGCAGACGAGUCCAUCGUCGGACCCCAGCACAUACCCACUCUCGUCGGCGGUCGCAGGGCAAGCGAACCCUGAUUUCGCAUGCGCCGUCUAUGCCGACGAAAUCGCAAUUCUCAACACCAGCUAAGCCGCGGGAGAGCCCUGUGUCUGUGGAGACGCAACGCUACAUGGCGCAAAAGCGCCGCAUGGAGCGUGAGGAGGAUGCCAACCUUGCCCGGUUGAACCGGCAGCUACAAGCAAUGAUCAAGGAAGGGAAACAGGCACUGGGGACACGCGUGGAAGUGGACGACCUGGACAUGGAGGAUUAAUGCGCUUUUCUCACUUUUACUUUUUUUACGACAUGUGUGACACAAACCUGAUACCCUUCGUUGAACACCUAUAUGACGAUACUUGACGAUUGGCGACGCUCGUUACGACUACGACUCAUGAAACCAACCGAUAAUGACUGGCGUGGAUCUUUUUUUUUUUAUUUAUUUUCGAACCGAUUGCGCGUGUGAUACGAUAUUGUUAUAGUUAGCUACUAUUAGGACAAACAGAAACCAAUCCAAAAAACCAUCCGCAGAAAAACAC